AUGUUUUAUAAAAAAGACAAGGAUACACAAAAAGUAGCCGCAGCUCCAGGAGAUGGUUUACGUUCUAAUAUGGUGAUAAUGGGAUUAGGUUUGACAGCAAUGAUCGGAUGUUCUGGAUAUAUUUGGUACAUGCGGUCACAAUAUGAAGACAUGGGUUAUUACACAGCAGUUGAAUCUGAUGGCAAGGAAACAUUUAAAAAAAAAGAAUCAAAAUGGAGUUCAUAA